AAAAACAAAAUUAUAAAAGUGACAAGAACUACUAACAAACCUUAACAUCAAUUUAGAUAACGAAUGUUACCUAAGGUAUCCGCACAUAUAAAUUCAUAUUGAAAUUGCAAGCCCAUUAGUAAUAGGAAAAAUGUCAUUCAAAACGCAUCUCAUCGUGAGUACGGUGAUACGAGUAUUCCUUAUAUACUAUGGCGAAGUUCAGGAUAGUUUAUCAGAUGUGCAGUACACGGAUGUUGACUACCGCGUUGUCACUGAUGGAGCGAACCAUGUGCUUUCAUUUGGAUCUCCUUUCAAAAGACAUACGUACAGAUACACACCCCUGUUGGCCUACAUGGUUAUACCAAAUCUGUUACUUCACCCAAGUUUUGGUAAAUUUGUUUUCGCCUUAUUUGAUAUCCUCAUCGGAGUGUUGAUUAAAUGGAUUUUACUCAAUUGCUACCGAAGCAACAAAAUCUCGAUCGAAACGAAAUUGUUGAAACUGGAAACACUUAACAAUCGUAAUAAGUAUUUGAUAAAGCGCAAAAAUGAGAUUCUUAAUAGUACUAAUGAAACGUUGCCUCUAAAGUAUGUCAGAAUGGCCGAAUUGAGCGCUUUCUGCUGGCUGUACAACCCGCUUACAAUGAUAAUAGCUACCCGUGGCAACGGAGAUUGCGUAUCAUGUUCGCUAGUACUUUUAUCAGUUUACUUUCUUUUAAAAAACGAGCAAACUAAUUUACAAUAUUUCAUCGCAGGUUUAUUUUUGGGGCUUUCUAUUCAUUUUAGACUUUAUCCCAUCGGAUUUUGCCUUUCUUUUUUUCUUGCAACUCGAAAUCGCACCCUGGAAAAAUGGGAAGACAUCAUUUAUAUUAUUUUGCAACCUAAUGCAAAGCAACUAGCUCUCGUUUUGGGCACUAUAAUGGCAUUAUGUUCAACUACCGCUGUAUUCUAUUGGUUAUAUGGAUAUCAAUUCUUAUACGAAUCGAUGUUCUUCCAUCUUGUACGAAAGGACACCAGGCACAACUUUUCAUUAUAUUUCUAUCUCCAAUAUUUGAGCUCCAAAUUCGAUGUAACGAUUCUUGAGAAAAUACUCACCUUUCUGCCUCAGUUAAUACUAAUAAUCAUGCUCACAGUUCGUUACGGCCAACAUCGACAAACACUUGCUUUUGGAUUAUUUGCCAUUGCCUUUGUCAUGGUCACAUAUAAUCCAGUCGUUACAUCACAAUAUUUCGUCUGGUUUUUAUCAUUGUUGCCGUUGUGUGUGAAAAAUUUUAGAAACAUCGGUUUUCGUAAAGCAGUUUUCAUACCAGUUAUGUGGUUCAUCUCGCAAGGUGGGUGGCUGUUGCCAGCAUACUUAUUGGAAUUUAAAGGCUGGAACACAUUUGAAUUCAUCUGGUUGCAGAGCAUAGUUUUUUUCUUCUCCAACAUUUUGAUUCUACAAAUGCUUAUUAGUAAUUAUGAUAUGGCAUACAACUACAAAAUUGAUUAAAUUUUAAGCACAUGUGUGAAAUGACAUUUUUUGUAAAUAAAAUCGUAUAUUAGACCAUACGGCUUGUCGUCAUACGAAAUAUAAAAUGAAUACAUUAAUUAUUGUUUUAAAAUCUU